AUGUCAACUAUUUUUAAAGAAAUUAACAACCUUCCUUUCGAUGAUAACGAAAAGGCCGACAUACUCGAUUUUUUUACUAAUAGAGACACGACUAGAGUGGAAACAGUUCUUCUAGCAACCGAAAAAGAUGAAGUGAAAGUCAACUACUUGAGGAAACAUGCCAAAUCUCUAAGAGAUGAACAUCCAGCUGAACAUUCAGAAGAAAUGAACGAGAUUAAGAAGAAGGUUCGAUUUCUUGAGGUUGAGCUCCACAAAACCAAAUAUACCAUUACAGUUUUGCACGAAGUAGGAAAAAAUGUCUUAGACACAGCAAGCAUUUCCCCUAACGAGAUCCUUUCUUUCCUCACAAGUGAAACACCAAUAUCGAUCGAAAGUUUAGAUUUAUCACUUUUACAACAGCAUUGCGAUAACGAAAGUAAAGUGCAGAAGAAAUUUAUGGAGUUUUUCGACUCCUUAAAAGAACAAACUCGAUACAGUAUUUUUGAUAUGUCAUCAUCUAAUUGGCUCAAAGAUCCAAUCGGAAAGAUCGAUGUUUCGAUUGUGGAUGGAUCACAAGUUCUUUGGGCUCAUCUUGUAUCCGCGAUUGAGAUUAAAUAUUCAUUAUAUAAUACUACCCUAUAUCAUGAGGCUGUUGGACAAUUGGUGGAUCGAUUUCAAACAGUUUUUCAAAUGCAACCUGGCCGACCAUUUAUUAUCGGUGCUGUUUGUUGUGACAAGCUCGUAGAAUUCAUAUAUACUAAUUCAGAACUUCAACUUAAGCGAUCAGGCUUAAUGGAACUCAAUAUUACAAAACCAACAGGAAUACAAAUGUUGUUAAAUCUGAUUACUUCAAAUCCACACCAACUCGGCUAUUCUCCACCUGAAGAUCACAAAAUGUUAAUCAGUACUACGGGCUUUACAUACAAAAGCCUUCUUCGACGAGCGGAUAAUGGACGGGGAACGCUUGUUCUCUUUGGCUCUAUAAAUUCAAAAAAAGCUAUUUUUAAGGCUUCUAAUAACCUCAAUAAUGAACUUAAAAUGCUCGGAAUACUUAAAGACUGCAAAUAUGUUCUCCAAGUCGUUAAAGAAGGAUUUCUUUCGGAUGGCAGAAUGUUUAUGGUGAUAACACCGGCUGGAGUACAUCUCGAAGCUAAAAAGCAUGGCUUGAAAGGGAUUUUAAAGGCUUUGCGAGAUGUUGCAAAAGCUUUGAAGUUUUCAUAUGAUCGUCACAUUUUUCAUCGUGAUGUUUCGUAUUUAAAUAUUAUUAUUUACGAAAAACAAGGUUAUCUUAUUGAUUGGGGUGUGGCAUCGACUGUUUCUGAACUAAUAAGCGCACCAUUGACUGGAACUUAUCUCUUUUCUUCUUUUCCG